CUCGUCAUCGCUGACUCCUGUCUCAACUAUGAUCCACUUAAACCAUCGCUCUCCAGUGCUGAUAGUGUGGAGUUUAAUAUUCUUUUUAUUGCUGCAGUAGCUGUUGCACUUCGGGUUGCCUCUACACAUAUACGUCGUCGCGAUUUGAAAACCCAUGACUAUCUUGUUUUCUUCUCCCUGGUGAGGGCUACUACAGCUGGCUAUGGUGGUCAUACGGCGACUAUGGCUGUACGAAACCCGGGAGAGUUGGUUAGUGCAUUGAAGAUUUUCUGGGCAUCGGAAUGGAUUUGGGCAACCUCAACAGUCUGCUUUAGACUUGCCAUACUGCUCUUAUAUAUCGAGAUCUUCCCAGGAAAUCAGAAAUUCUUCUGGUGUGCAAGUGGAGUGGGAUGUCUUGUCUUCCUAUACUGGGUAUCCGCGAUCUUGACCAUCGCUUUACUCUGUCGUCCAAUCGCCUACAACUGGGACCACACUAUCCCUGGGAGCUGUGGUGAUAUCUUAAAGAUACAAUAUGCAUCUGCAGGGUUCAACAUGGGGAUUGAUUUGGGAGUCGUCUUGCUGCCGCUUCCUAUCGUCUGGCGGCUUCAAAUGUCGAGUCGGAAGAAGACUGGCGUCACUGCAUCUUUUGCGAUAGGCAUUCUAACAGCCGGGAUCAAUCUGGGCCGCAUUAUCCAGACCAAGUUGUGUCCCGCCGACGACCUCGUUUACUGUCUCCGAGACGCCUCUAUCUUUAUCAUGGCAGAAAUGACGGCAGGCAUCUUGGUAGCCUGCGUUCCAACAUUUGGGCCCCUGAUGUUUCGCCGACGAAACGUGCAUUCAGCGCGACCACGCGAUUUGCCCACCAUUGGGUCACCUCGGAUGCACCGUCCGCAAUUUGAUUCUCUUCUUUCGACAUUCGACCGCAGUCACAACGACUACAAACAGCCAGGCCAUACAAAGGAAGUGGGGCAUGGCGGACCCACAUCGUGCGUCGGGACUGGGGCUGAAAAUGAAGCUUUAGAUACAGGUAUAAUGGUGACGCGCGACCUCGAUGUGCAUAGUCUGAAUGUACUCCCUCGAGUAUCUGAGAAUAAUACUGUUUGA